GCUCUGUGCUCCCAGCUCUGCGCUUGGGUCGUGCGCCCCGUCGCCAUGGCCGGGCUCAUGGUCAGUGGAACGCAAGUGUCCUACAUAGGCCAGGACUGCAGAGAAAUUCCAGAGCACCUCGGCAGGGACUGUGGACAUUUCGCCAAGAGGCUUGAUCUGAGCUUUAACCUUCUGAGGUCACUGGAAGGACUGAGCGCCUUCGGGAGCCUGGAGGAGCUCGUCUUGGACAACAAUCUGCUGGGGAACGACCUCGUGUUGCCAGGGUUACCCAGGCUCCAUACCUUAACCCUCAACAAGAACCAGAUCACUGACUUGGAGCAUCUGCUUGAUCACCUGGCAGAAGUGACACCAGCUCUGGAAUACCUCAGCCUGCUGGGUAACGUGGCGUGUCCCAACGAACUGGUCAGCUUGGAAAAGGACGAAGAAGACUAUAAGAGAUACAGAUGCUUUGUUCUUCACAAGCUGCCCAAUUUAAAGUUCUUGGAUGCCAGGAAAGUAGCUUUGGUCAGAGGGGCGUUCAUGAAGGUGGUGAAGCCCAAGGCUUCCAGUGACAGCGCGGCUGCCCCUCCAGAGUGCCACUACACACCCCUGCCUUCUGCUUCCAGGGAACUCACCAGUCACCGAGGUGUCCUGGGGAAGUGUCGCUAUGUUUACUACGGGAAGAACUCAGAGGGCAACAGGUUUAUCCGGGAUGACCAGCUCUGA